GCUAGAGCCGCAGCGCAGCGGCCCAGUCCGCGACAACGCGCCAGACGAACCAGUCACCAUACCAGCAGGUACGGGUGCCGCGCCGCGAGCCGCGCCAGUGUGUGUGAGUGUGUGUGUGUGUGUGAGUGUGCCCGCGCGAGGAGCAAAGUGCGCCGCCAUUUGAAUCCGCGUUCCCUUGCCCUACAGGUCCUCCCGGUCCUCCCCGACAACAGCCAUGUCGAUGCGCAAGCGCGCGCGGAACGGCGAUGACGUCCGGGCCAACGGCAACUCGCAGCCCUCGCAGCCCGCCCUCAAACUGUCGUCAUGCACGCUGCCGCCCUUCAGCGACGAACCCGAAGCCAUCAACCGGCGGGAACAGAUCGACUACAGUGUGCGCAUCUCCCUGCGCGAGGCCAAGAACGGCACCGCCCCGCGGCCCGUCAGGGUGUUCUCGGACGGCAUCUACGACCUGUUCCACCAAGGCCACGCGCGUCAGCUCAUGCAGGCCAAGAACCUCUUCCCCAACGUCUACCUCAUCGUCGGAGUGAGCGGCGACGCGCAGACACACAGUAAGAAGGGCCGGACCGUCAUGACGGAGGACGAGCGCUACGAGGCGGUGCGGCACUGCCGCUACGUCGACGAGGUCGUCAAGGACCCGCCAUGGAUCCUCACGGACGAGUUCCUGGAGAAGAACAAGAUCGACUUCGUGGCCCACGACGACAUCCCCUACAUGUCGGAGGACGGCACCGACCUGUACCAGCAGCUCAAGGACAGGGGCAUGUUCGCGGCCACGGAGCGCACCGAGGGCGUGUCCACGUCGGACAUCGUCGCCAGGAUCGUCCGCGACUACGACAUGUACGUCCGGAGGAACCUGGCGCGAGGCUACAGCGCCAAGGAGCUGAACCUGUCAUUCAUGAGGGAAAAGAGACUGCGGCUGGCCAAUAAAAUGGACGAGCUAAAAACCAAAGGGAAACGAGUCAUGGAGAACAUCGGUGAGAAACGAACAGACAUAAUCCAGAAAUGGGAGGAAAAAUCAAGAGAUAUUAUUGACACAUUCCUGCACUUGUUUGGAGGGGAAGGCAGAUUAUCUCACAUCUGGAACGAAGGAAAAGGAAGGCUGAUGCAAGCCUUGUCGCCGCCGUCUAGCCCCGGCCGGCCCAACUUCGACAGCGACGAGGACGACGACGACGACCACCACUUCACCAACGGGACCUCUUCGCCCCCGCGCAAGGCGCUGCGGCGGGACCGCAGUGCCGGCGGCAGCGGCCGGGCGGCGCGCGCGGUGCGCUCGGGCCAGCCCAGCUUCCCCUACGACCUGCCGGAGGAGUUCUCGGACGACGACGUCUCCGUCGUGGACCUGGAGCCCAGCGCGCCCAGCGCCGCCACCGCCGCCACCAAGGCCACCAGUGCGGCCGGCGCGCACUGACCCACCCACUCCCUCCUCGAAAAAGACCGAGACCCACUGUCCUGCCGCUAGCAACACACUGCUAGUGGUGGCGGCGGGGUAACGCUCAUACUUUGUGAUAUUUAUAACCACUGAUUUGUUUUUAAGGACUGUCUGAAUAAACUGUCAUUUCAUUUAUUUCAAA